UGAAUUAUUAGUGUUUUGAUUUUGUGGUUUAAGUACGAUAUGUGGAUUGUUAGUGUUAAUAGAAUUGUGGUUGUGAUAUUUAUGAAUUAAUUGAGAUAUUUGAAUUGUGAUUGUGAUACCUUUGGCCAUGUUCGAACAGUAAUGAGUCCUUUAGGUAUGUAUAUCUCACUACUCCUCUUGUCUUCUUCUUAAAUCUCUCCCCAUCACACCCGUAAGAACUCAAUGGGUGCAUACAGUACACCCGUAACAAACACUCUCUUGUUGUUGUUGAUUGGGACAAGAGGGGCAUUUUCAAGUCUUAACGGGAGGCUGAUCAUUUAAAAUAAUUAAUUGGAAUACAUCAAAGGGCACCUCUCAUUAACUUUCCUUUUAUUUUUGCUACUUUCUAAGUCAGACCUGUUAGGUCACAACCAUGUAAUAUAGUAAAUGCCAUAAUAAAUUAAAUGAGAGGGAAAUAUGUAUACACGUAUAUAAUUAAAUGUAUGCAAUAAUAACUUACUUUUGGUGAUUUUACGGCACGAAGUAAGUGAUAAUAAUUUAAUAGUUUAGAGUAGCUCGCUAGUGGUAGUAUAGUUUGGUUAGAAAGAAAAAUGACUUGGUAUGAGGUUUAGGUUUCUGACCUGUGAGUGUGACUUGGUUUUUUUUUUUUUUUGGGUUAUAUAUUGUGGUUUGUGGGGCUGAGAUGACCAAAGAUUUAUAAUCCACUCUCUGACCAACCUCUGCCACCCUUUGCAGAAGCAUCAAAAGCUCUCGCAGGACAAGGUUUUCUCUGGGAAUUAGCAGCUGUUGUAGCAGAUAGUAGUAACAGGUUUCAGAGUGGUGCCAGUUGCAGAUGAAGAGCAACAAGCAAAGAUAAACCCAAAAGAAGCCAGAGUUAAAAAAGAGGGCAGGCAAAGCCAAGGAGUGAGAGUACACUACUUACUAAAAGAAAAAAGAAGUCCCCCUCUCCCCCAAAAAAAAGCAAACAAAAAAAAGAGACAACUUUGGAAAAACCAAAUAAAUAUUAUAAAAGGGUUAGGAAUCUGGAUUUCCAGAGGAAUCCGCAGCAGCACAAUCAAAUAAGACCUAUCUCACAAAUUUUAGACCCAUUAUUACAAAAGCCACAAGAACAAAAUAUAGGCACUAGUAGUAUUAAUAACAACUACCACCUCUCCAACUUGUCCCAAAUCACCCACCUUAUGUAGAUUUAGAUCAUACCCUGAAUUCCCACCACCAAUCACGGCCGUGGAUCAACAUAGAAAAUAAUGCAAAUCCCAGAGAUAGAUCAUUGUCUUCAACAUCAAUGGAAAUGAAGGGUGUUGGGGGUGAGAUUGUUCAAGUCCAAGGAGGCCACAUUGUCCGCUCAACCGGUCGUAAAGACCGUCACAGCAAAGUUUACACGGCCAAAGGCCCACGAGACCGCCGCGUCCGAUUGUCCGCCCACACUGCGAUCCAAUUCUACGACGUCCAGGACCGAUUGGGCUACGACCGCCCCAGCAAAGCCGUCGACUGGCUCAUUAAGAAGGCCAAGAACUCCAUCAACAAGCUUGCUGAGCUGCCACCCUGGCACCCCACUGCUAAUCCCGCCCCAAAGGAGACUGACCCACAUGCGACGACAGCGGUGGUGGACUCCACCGAAAUGGGUCGCACGGUAGAGCAGUCGGAGUCUUCUGGGUAUAAUUUUCAGCUACAAAGGCAGUUGGGUCAUGAGCAAUCGAACCCAGAUCAUCAUAACGGAUCCGGGUUCAUUCCUCAUCAGCCAUUGGAUUCCGACUCCAUAGCCGACACCAUGAAAUCCUUCUUCCCCACGAGCUCAGCGGCUUCGUCCAUGAAUAAUUUUCAGACAUACCCACAAGACAUUAUCCAGAGAACCGCCAACCCUACCCAAGAUCUCGGCCUUUCUCUCCACUCCUUCCAUGACCACACCAUUGUUCACGACCAGUCUUCCCAAGGCGGUGUUGACCACACACCGCAAAACGACCACCAUCACCAGCAUGCUCUCUUUGCGGCCGGGUUCGAGCCGGGUUACCAGAGAAUGGUGGCGUGGGGCAACGAAGCGGCCGAUAACAGAGGAGGCGGAUAUGAUUUUGGGUCGCAAUCAUUGGCACCGACGCAGCAAGCCGCAACUUUGUUUGGUCUGGGCUCAACGGCGUCGUUUAAUAAUCAGAGGGGAACCCUUCAGUCCAGUUUUUCACCAUUGGUUCGGGCUUGGGAUGAUCAUCUAGCUAUGGCCUCCCAAAAACCCCAACCCAAUCACCAAUCUUCUUCCUCCAUAUUCAGAACUCGUUUCGUCUCGGAUGGUUUAUCCGCGUAUUGCAUUCCAGCUAGAAUUCACAGUGAGGAUGGCGAAAACGACGAUGAACAGGGCGGCGGUGGUGUUGUUUCGGAGAGGCCCUCGUCGUCGUCUUCUCCAAAUUCUACCCACCAUUGAUUCGAGCACAACAGAAUUGGAAAUUUCUACUUUUCAUUUAACCCAAUAGGCUGUGCUGUGCCAACCAAUUAAGAAGAAGAAAAAAAAUGAAGACUUUGAAGUAGAGAUUUGAUUUAAUUUGAGUCAAUUGAAUGGUCUACAGAUCAGGGAAGCAAACAUCCAUCUAGUUUUGAGAAUGUCAAAGAUUUUCUUCUUAAUUUUGUUUUUCUCAACUUUUGUAAAUAUUUUAAUUCGAUUUUUGUGUUAUUUUUAUUAAAAUAUACUGUGAAUUGGUGAUGAUGAUACAGUGAUAAUUUUAAGUUGUCUCAAUUAUGUCCU